CUAUAGACAUUUCCUUGUCUACACAAACACGAGGAAUUCCUGCUGGAACGCUAGAGAUUUGUGUGUUUGUAUUCUGAUUGCUGUGAUAAUGGAUACAGUAGGUAAGUGAUCCCUGUAGCAUGGGAAGUUCACAUUACUGUUUUUGUUUUGUAUUUUCUGCUUUGAUCAUUUUUAGUCAAUGGAGGUGUUUUUCUGACCAGUGAUUUGUCAUCUCUAAGGUUGCCACCUGGCUGGUAUCUUGGUCUGUUUGGUGCUAGUAUUGCAAAAAUGCUGUCCAGGUAAAAGCUGGUAACUCUGUGCCUGGUCUCUUAAAGCGGUGAGAGAAAUCCAGUCAGAACGUCAACAUGGUAUAGACCCAGAAUGUCACAAUUCUACACAGUGCAUGCACUGAAACACACUACCACACAUGCAUAACGAUGCCUAUACUGACAAACAAUGUAAGUAACCUUUUUAGAGACUGGUCCUCGUUCAACUUAUCCCAUGUCACCAAAUGUGACUAAUUUAUGAAAAUUGGCAAGGCUGCUUUAACUUCAACAAUGGUGGCAACCCUAGUUAAAUUUCCAGGCAGAGUAACUGUCUUGUCUCCACUCCCUACACAUCCACAUUGUCCUAGAGUUAGAAUCUUUGGAUGAUUCUGUAGACAAAUUCUCCACUUGCUCUCCAUGUGGCAUAACAUCUCUCCUUUCUGCUAAGAAUGUCUGACCUAUAGGGACUUGCAUCACUUGUUAGAAACAUACGAAGAGAUAUUCCAAAUGCCCAUGUGUAAAUCUGUCAGGCCUGCUCAGUGCACUCUUCCAGCAACUUUUGGGGAUUUGACACUAGUUAAAUGAGUGUCCACCUGGAGUGGGUUUGGAAAGCAUAAAAAGGUUAAAGUGGGUAUAUAGUAGUCGUUUACGUGUAGGUUUUUUUUUUUUUUUAUAUUUUUUUUAGGCAACUCUCAUUAACAGCUAAAUCUUUUGAAUGAGACACUUCUGCCAAAGUGAUGCAUGUCCCUUUAAAGGAACAUUCCAUGUACCAUUUUUGUUUGUUGGGCUGUGUAAGUGCUGACUGACCGGGCUGGAUUAACACAGGAACUGAUUUGAUUCUGUUGCGUGUUUGGUGGGUGUGGGGUGGGGUGUGUGGCUUUUUUUUUAACCCUACUCUUCAUAUACUCUUGCUUAAGUAUGGAAACUUGAAGAGAUGUAUGGGAACAAAACUCAUGCUGACUGGUUGACAGUGAAAUUGGUUAAGGUAAUGCUGACUUUGGUCUCUCUAACACUGUGGCAUAUCGCCUUUCUUCUACACUACCUACAUACACCAUUUUUAUUUUUUUUACACCAGGAGCUUCUUCCUGCUAGUAAGGAGACAAGGGGGCAAUCCUUGGAAAGCAUGGAGCAAGCGUGUUAAGUUGGCAUUCCAAUUUUUGGGGCAGGUUUGCUACUUUCAGCAUUUCUGGUUUUAGGAUUUGCUUCAGUGACACGCCCUCUUACCCUGCCCAUUGACAUUCAGCUUCACUGGACACUGGGGGGAGGGAUGGUGUAUGAGUUUCCCUCCAGCACCAACUCCAUCAGAUACCUGAUGCUUGGGAGGUAUGACUGGCUUUCUUUGGCUGAAUAUUCUGUAGUUGGGCUCAUUACUGUCUGCACCAGGCCCACUGGUCUCUAAAUCUGGACCUGGUACUUGAAAUAUGCCCUUCUAUAGAUCUCUGCAGAAACCAAAUAACCAGCAGUCAGCCUAGCUGAGGAGGUAAUCUUCCACUUCACUGGCGCUACAGAGCUUAUGUGAGAGGAAAGUGCUAUAGUGGCCUGCCUUCUCCAAAUGUCUCUGGGCUUCCGGGACAGCUCAAUGAAUGGAAAGCCUCAAGCUCACACCUCAAAACAAAAGCUUCCUUUUAAAGAGCCUCUGGUCACUUCCUUGGCACAGACUGACCCCUGUCUCAGAUGUAAAAGGAUGAUAUCCUUCUGAUAGUGACCUGUCCAUUUUUCUUUACUGUGCUCCACCACAAUGAAAUGGUCUUUUGUCCUUGCCUGCAUAGUGGUAAGCACAGGCAUAGGGAAGUGUGUAAAAAUAAACUUUUCAUGUUGGCUAUUAGUCAGGGGAGGUGUGGAUAGGACUAAAAUAAGAUUUGGAUUGGAAGUUAAUUAAUGCAGUUAUCUAAGGGUCUUUUAGAUGUUCUAUUAAUGGUUUAGCAGCAUUCAUAUUAAACAGGUCCCUGGCUAGUUACACCGUGCACUGCCACCAUUCAAAUAUCCCCAGUUAGCUGUAUACCCAAUCUCAUUUAUGCCAUUUGUGAAAUUUGUUCAGUUACAUGUGUGCAUUCUACAUUUCUCUUGGUUCCUCUGCAAUCAUUCCGAUUGACAUCUCUCCUAACCCCAAUCCCCCCUCUGAUACAGUCCUGUUGUAUUUGUUCUACAUUGCCAGUCUCCUUAGAAUUUACUUCUAUUGUCUCCUUUCUGUGCAGGAGUUAGAGCCUCAUUCACUUAUGCCAAAUGCUAGAUCAUGCUAAAACUGAGCUUGUAAAUUGUACAAGCACUCACACCGUUGAUGGAUAUUGUAACCCUAAAUGAUGCUGUUUAUAGGUAAAGGUAAAUAAAAACAAAUUGUUGCUGUAGUUUAGGUCCUAACAUCUGUUCCCCUUACCUUUCAGAAACCCUCCUCUUCAUUGUAACCAGGAAAGAAUAUGUUGCUGGAGCUGGAUUGCCACCCAGUCACGAAGAUGACAACUAUAUUAGGAGAGCAGUUCCUCUAGGGAAGCUAAUGAAUGCCUCCAGGGUUUUCUUUAGUCCUGAAGGGGAACUGUUUGCUCUCCGUGGUGGAGAUGUGUACCGAGGACCUAUGCCUUCAGAGCAAGGCUUGGAAUGGUUCAAUGUUGCCAAAAAGGUUGGCAAAGUUGACUGGGACAGCUUCAAAUUUAUCCUCUUUGAUCCCAAUGGUGUCUUAUAUGCAGUAACCGGCAAAGGGGACUUCUACAAGGGUCCCGCUCCAACCAAUGAAAACAUGCCCUGGCUUUAUCGCCAAGCCACCAAAAUAGGAUCUGGUAUGUGGAACUCAUUAAGGGCCCUCUUCUUUGAUCCUCAAGGCAUUCUGUAUGCAGUGAAAUCAGAUGGCCGUCUUGUGAAGAGAAACCCCCCAACAGACUCCAAGGAUGACUGGUUUGCGACAUGCAUACCUGUUGGCAAUGAGAACUGGUUCCAGCUCACUCAUUUCAUGGCUUUCAGUCCUGAUGGAUCAUUCUGGUGUGUCAAUGAUUACACUGGAAAAAUGUUUAGAUGGUCCCCUCAAGCAGUACAUUCCAACUUUGCUCAUAAAGAUGCUGAGUACAUGGGCUGGGGCUAUAGUGCAGGCCUCUUCUUUGCUUUCACCUGUGACAAAAUCAUCUCCAGUAUUGAGAGCCUUGAAUUUCUUCCAGAUGAUGGUAAAAUUGUAUCCCAAGACCCUACAGUGCUGAAAAAUGAAACCUUCACAAACACCAGUGAUGCUCCUCUUAAAUAUACAUUUACGUAAGUAAAAACCUCAGGUAAACCACACGUAGGUAUUCAAAAACCUCAUUCCAGAAUGGGUAACUCUAUGGGUUCCAUAUUGGACUAGGGCACGUUCCUGUUGAAAGCCAACUCAAGAGGGCAAAUCCAAUGUGGAUAUGUCCCUGCCAAUAUAUGCAGAACAGUGGUUCAGGCACUCUGUGAUCACUAAAAUAGCAGCUUUAUUGGGGCAAAAGCAGCAACGUCUCGGCCCUACCGCUUCUUUAUCAAGCGUAUGUCCUCCCCAAAUUGGUGCCUCACUUUGAUGCUGUUUUGGAGAGCGCUGGGAGAGAUAAAAUUAAUUUAUUGACUAUCUUCAAAUGCAUAUUCUGGGGAUGGUGUUCCUACUUCUGCCAUUCCUGUCAUAGGGACAAGCAAAGAAACUCUGCUAGUUGGACUACUUGUAGGGGAAAGCAUCUUGUAAGGUUGCAUGUUUGUGUGAAUGCUGCUUGUAAGAACAAUGUUUGUAGGGUUGUAUUCACACAUUUGCCCAAUGUAUUUCUUAGACAAUAUGGUCUUAGACUUUGCUUCUUUACAAUCAGAUCAUAUUCAGAUGUAGAAUUGUGUGCAUCUGUCUGCGUAAAUGUCUUUAGUGAAAAUUGAGUUUCCAGGCUUUCUAUUACUGGGCUGUUCCUCUCCAAGAAUAGUCAUGGCAGGACUAUGGUUUAACUGUAUGCCCUGAUUGCUUUGUGUUGCAUUGAGUCAGUGUUAAAAUGGCUUGUCACUUGGAAGCAAAUGGCUUCUGGAAGCUAGGUCACUAUAACCCCCUUAAUGACACAAGGUAAACUGAAGCCCUCUAAAGCAAUCACACAUGUGUUGUACAAGCUUAGACUGGUUUAGUCUGUUUGAGAAAAGAAACUAACCCUGUCCGUGUUCUCUCAUGCUAGGGUUUCAAAAACUGAAAAAACUACCAGCACCUUUGGCCAGGAACAUGGAUUCACAGUUCAGGUUGGAGCCGAGCUGACCUUUAAAGCUGGGAUCCCAUUCAUAGCUGAAACAGAGGGGAAGAUUUCAGUCAACACUAGUACAUCUCAUACCUGGAACUUUACCAAAACCAAUGAAAUCGAGGUAACAUUAUUUACUGAUUUGAGAUGAGGGAUAUUAAUAGUAUUUGCCAGUAGUAGCUUAAAACCUAGCUGACCAGGCUAAUGGAGGCUGAGAUGCACAUAAGGUUACUGCCUUGCAAUUUCUCCUGCCUGGAAGCCAGCAGAUGCCUAGAUGAGGAAGUGACCAGAGAAAAGGCUUCUGGAAGUUGUAGUUCAGUUACUGGAUUUAUAUUAAUGGCAAGCUUGGCAAUACAGAAACCUACCACAGAGCUGCCCAAUAGGUAGAUUCAGAUAUGGACCGACAACAUUAAGACAUAAAAUGCUUGUUGUGAUGGUACUUGGUAUGACUCUUGCAAUAUCCCAGUGUUAAUGGAUUGGAGGAUAGUGGCUCAAACUCUGGUCUUGUUUAUGGCGGUCAAAGGCCAAAUUAAAUCUUCAGAUGGAUUCUUGCGGCCUACUAAAAGACCUGGCUGGUGACUGAUGAUCCUGUGAGUGAUCUAUGGAAAUAUGCCUAAUCCUUAUUAGGAUUACUGUAUCUGCUCCCAUAAUUCUGUCUUGUGUUCUUCUUUUUGUUCUAGGCACAGCAUGACUAUCAAACUACCUGACUCUUGUUCUCUGUAUUGUAAGAAAAAUCCAUAUUGCUUUUCCUAAAGAUCAGUAUGCUCUUUUUUACAAGGUUGCUUCUCUUCUGUCCCCCUACAGACUCUCUUCUCUGCUACUACAGAGGUCACAUUGGAACCACACACCAGUGUACGUGUCAAAGCUUCCAUCAUGAAGGGAAAAAUGGAUGUGCCUUACCGUGCCAGGGCCAAAACCAUGUUUGGCUAUGAAACCACUGUAGAGGGAAUAUGGAAAGGAGCCAGUUGUUUUGACCUCAUGGUCUCCCAAGAGAACUACAAACCAUUGGCCCGAUCUCUUUAUAAACUCAGGAUAGAGAACCAUAGUUCAAACCCACUUACCUGUGUUCAAUAG